GCAUUUCUAAAACAUUUACAAUUAAUUGUGUAAGUCGUCGCCAAACUAACAAAUAAACAACAGCGAAAUAUGACUACAGCUGCGCGCCCCACAUUCGACCCCGCCCGAGGUGGCUCUGGGCGCGGCGAGAAGGAUUUGAGCGCUCUGAGCAAACAGUACUCUAGUCGCGAUUUGCCAGGCCACACCAAACUAAAGUACAGGGAGCCUGGACAGGGCACCACCGAGGAGAUCCGCAGCCGCGACUUCCGCAAGGAGCUGGAGGAGCGAGAGCGCGAGGCACGUCCUGGUGCCGCCUCGAGCAAGGCCCUGCCCUCGAUUGUGCGCAAGGCCAUUGAGGCAAACAAUGCCAGCGGCAGCACCAACAAGCGAGCGAAGGUGGACGGUCAGUCCCAGCUGCUGCUGCAGCAGCAACAACAGGCCAACAUCGAUGCGGACGAGGCCUUGGACAACGACAGCUCGGACUCGGACAGCGACUCGGACGACGAUGAUGCCGCCCUGCUGGCCGAGCUGCAGAAAAUUAAGCACGAGCGACUGCAGGAGACAGCCCGAAAAGAUGCCGAGAAAAGUCGCGAGGACGAACGUAUCCGCAUGGAGAACAUUCUCUCCGGAAAUCCCCUGAUUAACUACGAGCCGGGCACAGCUGCCUCCGCAGCCGGACGGGCCUCUGGCCUGGGCGGUGACCUCAAGAUCAAGCGCCGCUGGGACGACGAUGUCGUGUUCAAAAACUGCGCCCGAUCGGCGCCCGAGAAGAAAACCCACUUCGUCAACGACGCCUUGCGCUCUGAUUUCCACAAGAAGUUUAUGGACAAGUACAUUAAAUAGACGGACUAAGAAUUAAGAACCAUCCUAGGAUUUAAUUGAAAUUUAAGAAUGAAAUCUAUGUAACUUUCAGCUGCUUUCUGCUGCCAAUUAAUUAAACCCCACAUUUUGUAUACCUCUUA